GGCCCGCCCGAGGGCGGGAAGGGGCAGCGGCGGCGGGGCUGGUGUGAGGGGAGCGGGGCGUGAGAGGCGCGCUCCCUGAGGCGGCCGGGGCACCCCCGCAAAGUGAACGGAACCUCCCGGUGCGUCCUGCCCCGCACAGCCCGAGAGGAGGAUGAACUGCGGGAGGGUGGCAACAAUGACUGAGGAUAGAGAAGUCUGAAUCGGAUGCCAUGGUUGUCUGUGGUAGAAGGCUGAGAUGCACAUGGUGCAUGGCUUCUAAUAGAGUCAAAUUCCUUUACGGAUGGACUACAUUAUAUUAAUCUUUGAAACAAUCUGUAUUAUGGGUAUCACAGGAAAAGAUGACCUUACUGUGGGAGCAACUACAAGUGGAAGAGUGAAGUUUUACCCCUGGACAAUAGAUAAUAAAUACUACUCUGCAGAUAUUCACCUCUGUGUAGUACCAAACACGUUUCUUGUUACCGCAGAUAUUGCUGAAUCAGUGCAAGCAUUUGUUGUGUACUUCGACAGCACAAUAAAAUCUGGACUUGACAGUGUCUCUGAAUGGCUUCCCCUGACAGAAGAGUGGUUACCAGAAGUCAUGAUCCUCGUUUGUAACAGAGUAUCCGAAAAUGGUGUUAAUAGACAGAAAGCUCAAGAAUGGUGCAUCAAGCAUGGCUUUGAACUGGUGGAGCUUAGCCCUGAGGAACUGCCUGAUGAAGAUGAUGACUUUCCAGAGUCCACCGGAGUGAAACGAAUUGUACAAGCCCUGAAUGCCAACGUGUGGUCCAACGUAGUCAUGAAGAGUGACAGGACCCAAGGCUUUGGUCUUCUCAGCACGUUAGCGGGUGCGAACUGUAGCAUCGGGUCAGAGGAGAGCCAAGAUACAGAACCCAAUCCAUCAUCAGCAGACAGAGAAGAAUCCCAUUUAGACAACAGGGAAGAUGGAGCUAGCACAAACAACCUACAGAUGGACAGCAUCGUAGACCCCGUGUUAGACACGGACAUUCAGGAGCUGGCCAGCCUGACCACCAGAGAGGGUGACCUGGAGAACUUUGAACGGCUGUUUUCAAAGCUGAAAGAAAUGAAAGAUAAAGCUGCAACGUUGCCUCAUGAGCAGAGGAAACUACACGCGGAAAAGGUAGCCAAAGCGUUCUGGAUGGCAAUUGGAGGAGACAGAGAUGAAAUCGAAGGUCUCUCCUCGGAUGAAGAAGACUGAGUUCUGUAGCUGUAAGCACUAGAGCAGCCCUCAAAGAGGGAUCUUUUCCUGCCAUGAGUGUUCAUUGUGAAAGCCCUGUUUAGCUUUAGUUGCUUUAUUUGGUUAAAGGGCUCCCCGCAUCGGUGUAGUAAGUUACACAUUCCACAACACCUGAUGGUUACAGUGGUUUUGUCUGACUGUUCAUUUAUUCUCUCAGAGAGAAUCCUGGAAGGUGACACGAGCACUUAGAGGAAAUAAUAAUCCGUUUACAUUUUCCAAAUUAACAUUUUUAUUGUUUCCUCUUUUGAGUUUAAAUAAACAGAUUUACUGCUGAUUCUCUCUA